GAUCAAAGGUUUAACCCUCACGGGAGCACAAAACCCACAUCAUCUUCAUCAUCAUCAUCAUACCCUGCAAAAUUAAACCCACCAUGAAAGUUCAUCAGUUCACACGUGGAUUCAUCUUCGAACAAGAUCAAGUCCCCUCCCUCUCCCUUGGCUGCAAGCGUUUCCGCCCUCUCGCCCCCAAACUCGGCGGCGGUGACGCCGCCACCGCCGCCAUCUCCGUCACUCCUCCCGCCUUCGACCUCAAGAGCUUCAUUAAACCCGAAAGUAGCCCUAGAUCUCCCGACGAGAAGAAAGACUCCCCUCAGGCGGAGACGCACCCGGGUGGGACGAGAUGGAAUCCGACGCAAGAACAGAUAGGGAUCCUAGAAAUGCUUUACAGAGGGGGAAUGAGAACGCCGAACGCCCAACAAAUCGAGCAGAUUACAGCGCAGCUGGGAAAGUACGGUAAGAUUGAGGGGAAAAACGUGUUCUAUUGGUUCCAAAACCACAAAGCGCGAGAGCGGCAGAAGCAAAAGCGGAACAGUCUCGGACUCAACCACAGCCCAAGAACACCUCCGCCGCCGCCCAUAACCACCGUUUCAUCAUUAACGUUCGACCCUUGGGGGGAAGAUAUUGCAUGCAAGAGAAAAUGCAGGCCGUGGGCGUUUGAGUGCUUGGAAGAGGAGAAAAGAUGGGCCUGUAGCAGAGAAGAAGGAGAUGGAACUCUAGAACUCUUCCCCUUGCAUCCUGAACUAGGAAGAUGAUAUGAUGAUGCCUGGGCAACCUUAAAAUAAUAAUGAUUUCUGACUCAUCGUAAUUCUUGAUGGCUAGCUAAUUAAGUCCGAUGUUGUUUUCCUUUCCUGAUCUCCCUCGGGGGGUUCUUGCUUUUCUUCUUUCCUUAGUUUCAGGAAAGAAGACAAGCAAGUUGAAUUUAUUGUAUCUUUCUAGCUACCACUGCCUCUCUCUUCAGUUCUCGCUCUCUAAUUCUGGGUAUUGAAAAGUUAUUCUUAUUCUUGACUACAUCUGAGAUUCACUAGUGUAUUGGGUAAUUUUUUAUGUUUUA